AUGAGGAGAGGAGAUGCUGAUUUUAUGGUCGCUGGAGGGAACUUUCACAAAGGAAUGGUGAACCUGAAAGGACUUCUAGGCCUUGCGAUAUAUAAGGGUAGGGAUGCGUUUGUCAUGGGAGAGGGAGCUGGAGUGCUGUGUAAUGCUUUGAACACUGAAAAUCCACACAAACUCUCUCCUAGAUUUAGAGGCCCGCGAGCUUCGAGAAGAUUGCCGAAUGAACUUUUGAUUCGAGGAAUUUCUGAGCUUGAGAAAGCCUACGCUGUAGUUCAGGACUUAGAUACUACGAGGUCUAGCUCCACUUUCAAGAAUUCCGUACAAGGACACAAAUAUACUUUGGGUCAAUACCCAAAUCGAUUUCAAGCUCAAACAUCAUCACAGAAGACCGACACCUCGAGCGGGAAUAAAGAACGAGAUAACAAAGGCAAGGGCACUGAAAGGAAUUUCUCAAAGGUCAGUUCCACUACCAAAUGUUACAAGUGCCAAGGGUAUGGACAUGUGGCUGCUAACUGUCCAAGUCCCGUUAAAAUCGCCAUUGUCAACGGAGAGCCUGUUGAAGAAUUAGAGUCAAAGACAGAUGAAUUCGUUUAUCAUGUGGAAGAAGAGGAUUUUGACUCAAGUGAGGAAUUUGACGAGAAUGAUAUUAGUAUUGGUUGCAUUCGAUCAACACCGUCAAGUCAACUAGCUGUCGUUAGAUGUGCUUUGACCCAACCGAAGGACCAAGAUGAUUGGAGACGAACAAAUAUGUUCCACACAUUCACAAAGAUUGGAGGAAAAUCUUGUAAAGUUAUUGUGGACAGUGGAAGUUGCAUCAAUGCAAUAUCGUCUACGGAACUUGCUAAGUUUGGUCUAAAAGCUGUACCCCAUCCGCACCCUUAUAGAGUCACGUGGAUUGAUUCUACCGCACUAGACGUCAAACAAAGAUGCCUUGUGCCGAUAGACUUUAAUCUCUACAAGGAUAAGAUUUGGUGUGACGUUGUGGCCAUGGAUGUGGGUCAUGUCAUCCUUGGACGACCAUGGUUGUACGAUAAUGACGUAACAAUUUAUGGUCGGUCAAACACGUGUCAUUUUGAACAUGAAGGAAAGAAGAUCAAGUUACUCCCCAGUGCACCCAAGACUAAGCAACCCGAACAAAAGCCAAUUGCAGUAAAGAAAAAUAAGGGUGUUAGCUUGAUCACAACAAAGGAGAUCCGUCAAGAGUUUGAAAAGGGAGCCCCAGUCAUGAUACUCACAGCCAGGGAGGUCACUAAGGAAUCUAGCAACCCCCUUCCUCCUGAAGUCACUCCGGUGAUCACGGAAUUUGCUGAUGUUUUCCCUGAAGAUCUCCCCGACAAGUUACCACCGAUGCGUGACAUUCAACACGCUAUUGAUUUGGUCCCUGGAGCGAGUCUUCCCAACUUGCCGCAUUAUAGGAUGAAUCCUACUGAACAUGCUGAACUCAAGAGGCAAGUUGACGAGUUGCUAAAAAAAGGUUUCAUCCAAGAGAGCAUGAGUCCUUGCGCGGUUCCCGCGUUGCUGACGCCAAAGAAAGAUGGAUCGUGGCGUAUGUGCGUGGAUAGCCGUGCCAUCAAUAAGAUAACGGUGAAAUAUCGUUUUCCAAUCCCACGUUUGGAUGAUAUGUUGGAUAUGAUGUCUGGCGCUACUGUCUUUUCAAAGAUUGAUUUAAAGAGUGGUUAUCACCAAAUCCGCAUUCGUCCUGGAGAUGAAUGGAAGACCGCCUUCAAAACGAAGGAUGGAUUGUACGAAUGGAUGGUCAUGCCUUUCGGAUUGACCAAUGCUCCGAGUACUUUCAUGCGAGUGAUGACGCAAGUACUACGUCCGUUCAUGGGUAAAUUUUUGGUAGUCUACUUUGACGACAUCCUCAUUUAUAGUCAAUCUCGUGAGCAACACCUUAACCAUUUGCGACAAGUUUGCUCUAUACUAAGAAAGGAAGAACUGUAUGUGAAUCCAAAGAAGUGUACCUUUCUUGCCACACAGGUUCAAUUCUUAGGGUUUGUAGUCUCUAUUGAAGGAGUAUCUGCAGAUCCUGAAAAAGUCAAAGCGAUAAAUGAUUAG